GUGGUGGGAAGGGGGCCUCUGCAGCAGUCUCCCAGAGAGCUGCUCCCAAUGGGCUCUGCCCACACCUGUGUGCCUUGGCCAUUCAUCCCCAUGUAAAGAGGCCCCACCUACAGCUGGGAGCCAGGUCUGAGGUAGUGGAAGGGGCUGGCAGUGGGGAGCCCGAGAAGAGGGAGGGCCACUCUGAAGUUCCCAGAGUACCCCGAGGCCACUUUAUGUUGUCCUUUGAAGAGGGGCAAGCUGCUAGAAAGGACUUUGAAAGCAAGCUGAACUCCACCACGCACCACUGCAGGCCCCAGCCCUGUCAGUAGCUCACUGCAACCUGUGCAGCUUCCCUCUGUGAUGAGCGUGGCUACUGCAUAAACAUCACAACUGGCCCUCAGGGUGCUGCACCUAGAAAACUGUGGGCAAUAAUGUGCUCCAUGUCACACCUGGCUGGCCAGGCCUUGCACCUGUGUUGUUGAGGACAGGUAGGCAGGCAGUGGGUGCACAGUGGCCAUGUGGCACGUCGCAUCUGGAGUUGGAGUCCAUCCUCGCUGAGAUGUCCUCCAUGAGGACAUGGCUGCGCCCCUGCAGGUGACCGCCGUAGUGUUCUUGUUCCACUUGGUCGUCCACCUCUCCGCAGUCACCAUCGACCCAGCCGAAGCCAACGUCCGACUCAGGAACUACUCCAAGCCGGUGCCCACCUUCGACCGCUCCCAGCACGCACAUGUGAUCCAGAACCUGUACUGCCACCUGUGUGAGGUCACUGUGAACGAGAAAGCUAAGCACUGCAGCUCCUGCAACAAGUGUGUCGCUGGCUUCGACCACCACUGCAAGUGGCUGAAUAACUGUGUGGGGAGCAGGAACUACUGCACUUCAUCAACCCCAACAAGCUCCGCACGGACCCCAGCUACAAAGGUACGCAGUGUGUGGAGUGCCUCCCGCUUGGGCCACCCUGUGCGAGCCCUGACUCAACUCCGGCCACCUUUCCAGGAAGGAGUCCAUCUACAGCAGCGAGCCCAGCUUUCAGACAUCAGUGCCGUGACCAUAUGGCUGCUGUUCCUGCCCAAGUGGCAUGUGGCCGUGAAGACUCCUGUGGCCCUCUGCAUGAUGGGCGGAGUGCUGCUUGUGGGCAUAGUCAGCUUCCUGCUGCUUGGGCACCUGUUCAUUUUCCACAUCUACCUGAUGGUCAAGAACAAGAGCACAUUUGACUACGUCAAGCACACCCACUUCCAGCAGCGGCCAGAGCCGCCAGGGAGGACACAGCCGGUGCUGCAGGUGGAGGAGGCAGCUCCACAGGUGUGUGCCUGUCCCUCCACGUCUCAUCCCAGGCGAAAGGUGGCAUCCCUGGUUCAUCUCCACAGGAAAAAGACAGCAUCCCAGCUUGGUCUCCACCUUCCCCAGGGUAAGUGUGUGAGCUUUUGGGAGUUGGUCGGUCUGUCUGUGCAGCAGCCACAACCUCUUCUCCACCGAAAGGGCUCUGCAAGCUGAUUCAUCCGAGAUGAGCUAUUUUAAAUGAGGGGACGACAUAAGAGGGAUGCCUUUGUUUCACUUCACAUUGUUAACA